UACAUAUUUUCGUAUCGUUUAUAUGCUUCUCUCCACAGAAUACUUGGCAAAGAUUGAGAACUACCGGUAUCCUUUACGACGCAGUUCCAAACCCUCCAUACAGAAUUGGAUAUCCAAUGCACGUUAAGGUGGCCCGGCGGCGCUUCCAGUCUUCGACAAGCACCUCAGCGUUUGGUUGGAUAUACUGUGGAUCCCAUAACUUCAGCCCGGCAGCCUGGGGUCGUCUUCUUCCCCCUUCAACAGUGGAAGCAGGUUCUGCUGCAAGAUUACGUAUAUUCAAUUAUGAGCUGGGCAUCCUCUUAAUUGUUCCCCCGCCCAGCAAGGUGGAAGGAGACUCUGGCAAUUUAUGCAAUCUUGAUGAUUUUCAGUUGCCAUUUGUGAUGCCUGCGCCGAGGUACUGUGGCGGCGACAGGCCAGCUACAGCGUUUGCCAUGCGAGGGGCGGUGGCUGAGUUGACGGAGCAAGACUGUCAAGGAAUGGAUGAGGAGGAUGUUGCUGAUGAGGAAGUAAUUGGACCGUCGGAGUAUGUUGCAGAAGAAAGUGAGGAUGACAAAAUCUAUGCGGAGAUGCUUUGGAGCCAGGUUGGUUCUUCUGAUGGCUUUUGACUUGGUUUACUAUACUUGUGUUUGCCGUUGCUGUCUUGAUUUGUUUUUGGUCCAGCUUUUUUGAACGCUCAAAUUUUAUCUGUUUACAAAAUAUCACCACCAGAAACAAUAGGUGUUUAUCU